GCUGCCGCUCCACACGCGAGCCGAGUCUUGCCCGGGCAGCAUGGCUCGGAAGCGGCCCGCAGGCCGGGGCCCGCGGGGCUGCCAGCAGCGCGACAAGAAAGCCCAGGGCGAGGGCGCGGCCCGGCCUGAGGAAAAGGAGGCGGAUGUCUUUGAAGUUGAGAAAUCAAAACCCCCAAAGAGGAGCUGUCUCUCAAAAGUUCCGGAAGUUAAGAGGAAGAGAAGCAGCAGUGAUGCAGGGGGUCCAGCAAAAAAGAAAGAGGCCAAGGCAACUGGUAAAGCUGGAAACGUCAAGGUCGUGAAGGGAGAAGCCUUCUGUGAGGGAGAAGAUCUCAGGGACUUUGCCAGUGACCGGAAGAAGAUGAAACAGCCCAAGAGGGAGUCACCUGUGAGUACAGACAGCGAGGAAGAGGACGAGGAGGAAAGUGAAGAGGAUUGGGAGGAGGUCGAAGAACUUGGUGAACCUGUGCCAGGGGACACAGGAGAAAAUUCUGCCUUCUGUCAAUCUGUUCUGCCUGUGAAGCCAGUGGAGAUAGAAAUUGAAACACCAGAGCAAGCAAAAGCAAGAGAAAGAAGUGAGAAGAUAAAAGUGGAGUUUGAGACAUACCUCCGGAGGAUGAUGAAACGAUUCAGCAAAGAAGUCCAUGAGAAUACGCACAAGGUUCACUUGCUGUGCCUGCUGGCGAAUGGAUUCUAUCGCAAUGGCGUCUGUCGGCAGGCAGAUCUGCUGGCUAUUGCCCUCUCCAUCAUCCCAGUUCGCUUCACCCGCAUGCAUCCUGAGGAUGUGGACCUGUGCUUCCUCUCAAACCUGGUGAAAUGGUUCAUUGGGACGUUUACGGUGAAUGCAGAUCUUUCGGUCCAUGAGGGAGACAGCCUGCAGACGACAUUGGAAAGGAGAUUUGCGAUCUACUCUGCCCGUGAUGAGGAGGAGCUGGUUCUUCUAUUCCUACUGAUUCUCCGGGCUCUACAGCUGCUCACUCGACUGGUGGUAUCCCUGCAGCCAGUUCCUCUCAAGUUACCGGGAGCAAAGGCAAAGAAACCCUCUAAGGAGAGAUCCACAGAAGGUUCUAGAGGCGCCUCAGAACCUUCCAGCUGUAUUCCAGAGAACCAGACAAAGAUCAGCAACAGAGCCAAUCGUGAGGGAACUGGCAAGCCAGGUGCCAAAGGGGAGAGGAGGAAGGCAGCUGCGGGCCGCCGGGCGCGGAGAGCGUCCUCCAGCGAGGAGGGGCAGGACGGCCCAGAGCAGCAGCGCCAGGCUAAGAGCUGUCCACGCGGCCGGGAGCGGCGGGGGGCCUCGCGGGUCUCUUACAAAGAGGAGAGUGCCAGUGACAAGGCUGGCAGUGGCUCUGACUUUGAACUUUCCAGCGGAGAAGUCUCUCAGUCCUCCGACGAGGAUUCUGAGCCUGGCUUCAGAAGGCAGAGGAGGGCCCCAGGGCCUCGGAGGACAAGGGCGGGGUCCAAGAGCGACGCCAGGACCCCGCGCCGAAGCCGCCGUAAGCACCCAGGCUUCUCAGCAGCGUCUUCCAGUUCUUCGGGCAGUAAGAGGGGCAAGAAAACCUCCAGCGAUGGCGCAGAGGCAGAAGCGGGGAGAGCCGCCGGCGUGGACCAGUGGCUGGAGGUGUUCUGUGAGAAGGAAGGAAAAUGGGUGUGCGUGGAUUGCGUGCAUGGGGUUGUGGGGCAGCCGCUGGCUUGUCACAGAUAUGCCACCAAACCUAUGGCCUAUGUCGUGGGCUUUGACAGCGAUGGCUUUGCCCGCGAUGUCACACAGCGGUACGACCCAGCCUGGAUGACAGCAACCCGCAAGUGCCGCAUUGAUGCCGAGUGGUGGGCAGAGACCCUGAGGCCCUACCGGAGCCCGUUUGUGGAAAGGGAGAAGAAGGAAGACCUAGAGUUUCAGGCCAAGCACCUGGACCAGCCUUUGCCCACUGCUAUUGGCACCUAUAAGAACCAUCCUCUCUAUGCCCUGAAGCGGCACCUGCUGAAAUAUGAGGCCAUCUAUCCAGAGACGGCCGCAGUCCUGGGGUACUGUCGUGGAGAAGCUGUCUACUCCAGGGAUUGUGUGCAUACUCUACACUCCAAGGACACGUGGCUGAAACAAGCGAGGGUGGUGCGGCUCGGAGAAGUGCCCUACAAGAUGGUGAAAGGCUUUUCCAACCGGGCACGGAAGGCCCGGCUCACUGAGCCCCACCUGCAGGACCACAAUGACCUGGGUCUGUUUGGCCACUGGCAGACUGAGGAGUACCAGCCCCCCGUGGCUGUGGACGGGAAGGUGCCUCGGAAUGAGUUUGGCAAUGUGUACCUCUUCCUGCCCUGCAUGAUGCCCAUCGGCUGCGUCCAGCUGAGGCUGCCCAAUCUGCACCGCGUGGCCCGCAAACUGGACAUCGACUGCGUGCAGGCCAUCACCGGCUUCGAUUUCCACGGAGGCUACUCCCACCCCACAACGGAUGGCUACAUUGUCUGCGAGGAGUUCCGAGAUGUGCUUCUGGCCGCCUGGGAGAACGAGCAGGCGCUUGUGGAGAAGAAGGAGAAGGAGAAGAGAGAGAAGCGCGCCGUGGGGAACUGGAAGCUGCUGGUCCGAGGGCUGCUCAUCCGCGAGAGGCUGAGGCGUCGCUAUGGAGCCACGAGUGAGGCAGCAGCUCCCCCCGAGGAGGGGGAAGGCGGGCUCUCUUCUGACGAGGAGGAGGGGACCAGCUCACAGGCAGAAACGGCCAGAAUCUUGGCUGCCUCGUGGCCCCAAAACCGAGAAGCUGAAGAGGAGCAAAAGCCCAAGUGCCCCAAGACAAGCAGAAGGGGAAGGAAAGCGGUUGCUGCCCACCUGUUCCCCUUUGAGAAGCUGUGACCGGAGCUCCUCCACGCGCCCUGCCAGGCCCCGUGGCUCCCGCGGAGCAGCGCGCUGGGGAGCAGCCAGGAGCUGCGGGGAGCGGGCGCCCGCUGCAGGCCGCUCCAGGUCUGCCUCGCGUGGGGCUUUUGAGGGUCUCUACCAAAGCCCAGUCCGAGCUACAGGACACAGCCUCAGGAGACCCCCCCCGGCCCCGGGGUCUUACCCUUUGGAAAUGUGGGGGGCUUUCCCCUUUCUUCAAAAUAAAAAUCACUGGGCACUGUG